GUCUGCCAAUAUUGACAGAACGUGCUGCACCCAUGCUUUAGGCCGAGAUUAAGACUGAGGCUGGUAUGUGCCAACAAAACAGAAGUGUACCCAUGCUAGUGUACAGUGUUUCAGCGUGCUCCUGUCACAUUUGGAAAAUACGAGGAUUAUCAAUACAGCAUAAAAUUGCUACCUGAUGAAUCCAGCAUGGCUUCACUUGCACAGAUUAUCUUUUGGAGCAUGAUUGUCCUCAUAUUUGCAAUGGCUGUGAUUAUAAUACUUCUUCUAGUCAUUGCAUUUUCAGGUAACCAUGGCAUUGUGACAACUAAUAACAAUCAUCCAGUGGGCAACCUGGGGCAGGAUGUGCUUCUGGAUUGCAGUUUCCAAACCAAAACUGAAAAGAUUUCCACUAAUGAUGUGUCGAUCACCUGGACGAAACAGAAUCUGUCCGGGACAGUUUAUCAAUACAAUAAGAAUGCAGUCCAGUUACAGGACCAGAACUCGCAGUUUCAAGACAGGUCUUGGUUGUUCCCACCUUCCAUCUCCACUGGUAAUGCUUCGCUUCUCCUGAGUAGUGUAAGACUGAUGGAUGAAGGUCUAUAUGACUGCAGUGUUAACGCUCCUGGAGUCUUCGGUACUGUCAGAAUUGACCUCAGGGUGGGCGCUUUUUCAGCACCUACAAUCACAAAGUCAAACAACAGUCUAACAGCUGUGGCCAUGAGGUGGCUGCCCAAACCAGAGGUAACUUGGUCAUACCAGAAUGGAACACGGUUAAACAGCAGCACCCAGUUUAAUACAAGUUCAUCAGGAAUUGUGGAAGUUCUGAGUAUCCUACAACACGCAUUAAAUGAGGAGACCUAUACCUGUGUCAUCCAGAACUUCCUCGUCACAGCAGUCACUGAAGCAAGUGUUUCAGGGGAUGAAGUUUCGACAAAGAUUAACUUUAUAUAUAACUCAUCACCAAAGAUCAACAAAACACCUCUAAUCAGUGCAAUCCCCAUUCUUCUUUCUAUGCUGGUAUGGUGAAGCUGAUCCAGGAUGGUAAUGGAUGAGGCUAAGUCUCUGGGUGCUAUAAAAAUACUAAAUGUAAAUGUGGUAAAUAUAUGUGGUAUAUAGAUUUUAGCUUGUAGCAUUUGUGCUUUUAGGUCAGUAUAAAUCAUCUGAGCUGCAAAUGUUACCUGCAACAUGCUUUUUGUAAGAAGUCUUUGAGUGCCAGUUGUCUUUAUUUAUUUUGUUCUUAGUAAAAAAAAUUAUUGCUUUGUUGUUUGUCUAGUAAAUAUUGUA